ACAAUCAGCUGGACGAUUGUACCGACAUCUUGCACGUCUCGUUGACAAUUUACAAAUUGACAAACGACGUGAUUCAUCAGAGAUAAGGGAUUUUUUAAUCAGUAUUUUUGGGCUAAAAGUAGCAUUUUUAAAAGUUUCUGUGUUUUAUGGUAUUAAAACUACAUCAAAAUGAUCGACUGCAGAAAAUUGAUGAGAGAUUAUUCCAGAUAUAUAUUAAUAGUUUUUAAUUUUUUCUUUGUGCUUACUGGUGUAGUAAUUAUAUCAGUGGGAGUUAGUGCGAAGGCCUACUACAACGAAUUCGAUGAUUUACUUAACGAUAAAUAUUUUUAUGUCUCCGAUUUACUCAUUGUUAUUGGGGCUAUUAUUUUCAUUAUUGCAUUCUUUGGAUGCUGUGGAGCCCUAAAAGAAAAUGCUUGCUUAACUACAACUUUUUCCACAUUAUUGGUUAUUAUUUUUAUACUCGAAGCCUUAGUUGGUAUUAGCGGUAUUGUGUUAAGACACAAAACGGAAGAGUUUUUGGAGCAUAGUAUGAAUCAAAGCUUAAGUUUGUAUGGCAAUGAUACUGAAAUUACUGAAACUUGGGACUUGGUUCAAACUCAGAUGAAGUGCUGUGGUAUUACAAAUUACACUGAUUGGUUUACUAACAAAUAUUCAGUUAAUCAUACUUUACCUGUAAGUUGUUGCCCAAUUCCUCAUGGUGCAAUGAACAUAUUUAAUUGCUCUAUAGCGACAGCUUAUCCUGAAGGUUGUCUGGAAACUUUUGGAGAUUAUAUCAGAGCAAAUACUUCCUCUGUUGAAAUUGCUGGAAUCUCUUUGGCUCUGGUUCAGCUUGUGGGAAUAAUUCUGUCCUGCUAUUUGGCGAAACAAAUAAGGAGCGACUAUGAAACAGUCUGAAGAGGUCAGGGGACACUUUAACUUCUAUAUUGACAUAACCAAAGUUAUAGAGUUAUAGCAAUAAAAAUCUUAAUAAUCCUUAGUUUAUUAUGUCUUAUUAUAUCAAUCAAUUCUAAAAAAGGAAUUAUAGUUAUUUUGAUUUAACCAUAUUUGUAUUUCCAGUAUAAUGUUUAUGUUAAAAUUAUAUAGGUGGUUGUAGAAUAUAUCUUCUGCAAAAUUUGCUGUGUAUAUUAGUCUUAAGUCCAGAAUUCGUUUUUACUUUGUUAUUUUUAUGAAUAUACGUUGUAGAAAUUAUAA